UUCUCGGGGGCCUGCCCCGCGCGUGCGCACUGCGGUUCUGCGCUUGUCAUCAUGGCGACGCGGGGCCAUGUGCAGGACCCUAACGACAGGCGCCUCCGGCCCAUUUACGAUUAUCUUGAUAAUGGUAAUAAUAAAAUGGCAAUUCAGCAAGCAGAUAAAUUGUUGAAAAAGCAUAAGGAUCUUCAUUGUGCUAAGGUUUUAAAAGCAAUUGGUUUACAGAGAACUGGAAAGCAAGAGGAAGCCUUCACCUUGGCGCAGGAGGUGGCAGCCCUUGAACCCACAGACGACAACUCGCUGCAGGCACUGACCAUUCUUUACCGGGAGAUGCAUCGACCGGAGUUAGUCACAAAACUUUAUGAGGCAGCUGUGAAGAAAGUUCCCAAUAGUGAGGAAUAUCACUCUCACCUCUUCAUGGCCUAUGCCAGAGUGGGCGAAUACAAGAAAAUGCAACAGGCUGGCAUGGCUCUAUAUAAGAUUGUCCCCAAAAACCCUUACUACUUUUGGUCUGUGAUGAGCUUAAUAAUGCAAUCUAUAUCAGCGCAGGAUGAAAACCUCUCAAAAACGAUGUUUCUGCCCCUUGCUGAGAGAAUGGUAGAAAAAAUGGUAAAAGAGGACAAGAUAGAAGCAGAGGCUGAAGUUGAACUUUAUUAUAUGAUCCUAGAACGUUUGGGAAAGUACCAGGAAGCCUUGGAUGUCAUCAGAGGAAAAUUAGGAGAGAAGUUAACAAGUGAGAUUCAGAGUCGGGAAAAUAAAUGCAUGGCUAUGUACAAGAAGCUGAGCAGGUGGCCAGAGUGCAAUGCCCUUUCUCGGCGCCUUUUACUGAAAAACUCAGAUGACUGGCAGUUCUAUCUGACUUAUUUCGAUUCUGUCUUUCGACUGAUUGAAGAAGCCUGGACUCCUCCUGCUGAAGGUGAACACUCUUUAGAAGGAGAAGUACAUUAUUCUGCAGAAGAGGCUGUGAGAUUUAUAGAAGAUCGGAUAACAGAAGAAUCUAAAAAUUCUCGCCAUCUCCGAGGACCACAUCUGGCUAAACUGGAGCUGAUUAGACGUUUACGACGUCAAGGUUUUAAUGAGUACAAACUGGGUGAUCCAGAAGAAUUAAUGUUCCAGUAUUUUAAAAAGUUUGGGGAUAAACCUUGUUGUUUCACAGACCUCAAGGUGUUUGUUGACCUCUUGCCUGCUACACAGUGUACAAAAUUUAUUAAUCAGUUACUUGGAGUUGUUCCUUUGUCAACACCAACAGAGGAUAAGCUGGCACUGCCUGCUGACGUCAGAGCUCUGCAGCAACAUUUGUGUGUGGUGCAGCUGACGAGGUUACUUGGCUUGUACCACAUGAUGGAUAAAAAUCAGAAAUUGAGUGUGGUCAGAGAAUUGAUGUUAAGGUACCAGCAUGGACUAGAAUUUGGGAAAUCCUGUUUGAAAACCGAAUUGCAAUUUUCAGACUAUUACUGUCUCCUUGCUGUCCAUGUGCUUAUUGAUAUAUGGAGAGAAACAGGUGAUGAGACCGCUGUGUGGCAGGCCCUGACUUUGCUGGAAGAGGGACUAACUCACAGCCCUUCCAAUGCUCAAUUCAAAUUGCUGCUUGUUCGAAUCUACUGUAUGCUGGGGGCAUUUGAACCGGUGGUGGAUCUGUAUUCCAGCCUUGAUGCUAAGCAUAUCCAGCAUGACACCAUUGGUUAUCUUUUGACCCGAUACGCCGAAUCCCUAGGUCAGUACGCUGCUGCAUCCCAGUCCUGUAACUUCGCGCUCAGGUUUUUCCACUCCAACCAGAAAGAUACCUCAGAAUAUAUUAUUCAAGCUUACAAAUAUGGUGCAUUUGAGAAGAUCCCAGAGUUUAUCGCUUUUAGGAACAGGCUGAAUAAUUCUCUUCAUUUUGCACAAGUCCGUACUGAACGGAUGUUGUUAGACCUUCUACUUGAAGCAAAUGUAUCAACCAGCUUAGCAGAAAGUAUAAAGUCAAUGAAUCUUCGGCCAGAAGAAGAUGACAUUCCAUGGGAAGCCUUGCGAGACAACAGAGACUUAAAUGUUUUCUUUAGCUGGGAUCCAAAAGACAGGGAUGUUUCUGAAGAACAUAAGAAACUUUCCUUGGAGGAGGAGACAAUGUGGUUAAGAAUCCGUUCCUUAACCUUGAGGCUGAUCAGUGGACUUCCAAGUCUUAACCAUUCUGUUGGGCCAGAGAACUCAGAGAAGACCACUGAGAAUGGAGUAUCCUCCCGGAUUGAUAUUUUCCGUUUGCUCCUUCAACAGCUGGAGGUGGCCCUGGAGACGGGAAAGCGAUUUAUUGAGAAGGACAUUCAGUAUCCUUUCCUUGGUCCUGUACCUACCAGAAUGGCUGGAUUCUUUAAUUCUGGCUGUUCUCAGUGUCAGACCAACUCUUUUUAUCUUGUUAGUGAUAUUUAUGAGCUGGACAUCAAUGGUUUAGAGGAUACAAUGGAGAUCCAGGAGCGAGUAGAGAAUAGUCUUAAGUCUUUACUAGAACAGUUAAAAGAUGUCUUUAGUAAAUGUAAAGGUGAUCUCUUAGAAGUUAAAGAUGGUAACUUGAAAACACAUCCUGCUCUUUUAGAAAAUCUAGUCUUCUUGGUUGAGACUAUUUCUAUUAUCCUUUGGGUGUCCAGUUACUGUGAGAGUGUCCUGCGACCAUACAAAUUAAAUUUACAGAAAAAGAAGAAGAAGAAAAAAGAAACCAGCAUCAUCAUGCCACCUGUCUUUACCAGUUUCCAAGACUAUGUUACUGGGCUUCAGACUUUAAUUUCGAAUGUUGUGGAUCAUAUUAAAGGACUUGAAACACAUCUAAUUGCACUUAAACUUGAAGAACUUAUUUUAGAAGACACUUCCCUCUCACUGGAAGAGAGAAAAUUUUCAAAGACUGUACAAGGGAAGGUGCAGAGCAGUUACCUACACUCACUUCUGGAAAUUGGGGAGCUGCUGAAAAAAAGACUUGAGACUACAAAGAAACUAAAAAUUUAAGUUAGUGUGAACCACAAGCACUGAUGACUCUACAACAGAAAAUGACAUCAUCUUCCCAGGCAAAAGCUACAUCUGAUUGACCAUCAUUUUAAUCCAGAACUUCCUCAUAAAAUGCAUGAAGGACUUUGAUCGUGAAUUAAUUUUUUAGGUAUUAAAUGUGUACAACUGAUUAAAUUAUUGUAUAUAAACC